GGCGGCUCGAAAUGUAAAUACACGUUUACAGUAAAUCAGCCGGUGGCCACUUUUGGCCACAAAAUGUGGCUUAAAAUAAUACCCACACUCACCGAGGUCGUACCUCUGAGGGUGACGGCCCGAAGGCUGGCUUCCAGCGACGGACUGACGGUGGAACACGACCGACAGAACCAGCGCUUCACCGCUUCCAUGUGCAGCGGAACCGGAGUCAACGAGAGUGCGACACUCAUCUACAGAUUCACAGCGCCAGAUGAGGUGGAUCUCGUGUCCACCUUUGUCCCGGAGGCUUGCAGGGGUCAAGGUGUGGCCGCGCUGCUGUCAAAGGCCGCCAUUGACUUUGUUCUGAAAGAGAAGCUGAAGGCUCGCGUGUCCUGCUGGUACAUCAAGAAGUACAUGGAGGAACACCCUCAUCACAAUUAUAAUGAAAUUCAAAUCAGAUGAUGGUGUGGUAAAGUAUUCUUGGCCUGAGUAAUAAAAUGCAAGUUUUAUUUGAAUAGAGUAAUUUAAGAGUAAUUGUAUAGAUGUUAAUUUUUUUUUUUUAAUUAAUUUCUUUCUUGAUUGUAGAACAAAGUUUCUCUUGUGUAGAUUUCCACAAAAUCCCAGAGCAGUAUUUUUUAAUAGAGUAUUAUUUUAAUAAAUGUGAUGUGCUUUA